GCUCACCGAAAGCACGCACGUGGCCAAAAGAUCGCGAAGAUCGACGAACUUUCUCGACAGCAUCGGCGAUAAUGGAUGCGAGACCAUGAUGACAACUUCGUCCGCUCCGAAGUGUGUGCUUCAAAGAAGCUUUUCCGAGUCGGCAGCACCGAGCGCGAUGAAAAUGGAGGUAGAAACAGAAUCGGAAACAGACUCCGAGGUGCAGUCAGAACUAGAAACGCACGCUCUCAUCAAGUCUGCCAUUCAUCGCAGCACCACCAGUACUGAUCUCACCGGAGAUUUUAGUAAACCUUGCGUCCUGCCACUGGCCGAAGGCCAUCAUGAUGACCUGCGAUCGAUUUCCACCGAGACGAUGGCUGCCUUGAUACGCGGACAAUUCAACGACCAAAUCAGUUCCUUUAAAAUCGUCGACUGUCGAUACCCGUAUGAGUUCGACGCUGGCCACAUCCAGGGUGCUGUCAACCUUUACAGUAAAGACCUGAUAGAGCAGAUUCUGCUGAACCCGUUGACGAGCACGCCCGAGAUACAACCGGACUCGAAUAAAAGAAACAUUUUAAUUUUUCAUUGUGAGUUCUCUUGGGAACGAGGCCCGAACAUGUCGCGUUUUCUACGCAGCUUGGAUCGGCAGCGUAACAAAGAACAUUAUCCGGCUCUGUACUACCCGGAAGUUUACUUGCUGCAUGGUGGAUACGAACAAUUUUAUAAGCAGCAGAAAGAGUUGUGCUCGCCGCAGGGCUACCGCCCCAUGAAACAUCCCGACCAUGAAGCCGACCUCAGACAAUUUCGUAACAAGAGUAAAAGUUGGCAAGGUGACAAAUCGAGGAUCAACUCUAACAUCGUCGGAGCUAAUCUAAAACGUUUAGGUUUUUAAUUGUUCUCGUCGUAUCCAUUCACUAUCCUUUCCCUUCUUUUCUUUCGCGUCUCGUAAACAAUUUAUUCGAUUCUAUGUUUCUAUACAUUAUACAACGAAGACGUCGUUUUGUUCGUUGAAUCGUUAUCGGAAAAGAUUGCGUAAAAGUGCAAAUCGGAAGUAGAACGGUAUAGAAAUCGGGUUUCUGUUUUCGUUCACGGUUACGCCGGUAAUAGACGCGCAAUCGUUUCCGUACCUUGACACGUAUAUCAUUUAUACGAGUAGUUAUACGAGUACUUUAUUCGGUCCGAGUACACUCGGAGGUUUAGUUAAAGUAGUUAGAUGAAAAUCUAGUUGUAGCAGUUUACGCGAUUUCGAACACGAGAAAAAUUAUUGCUUCCUAUUCAUACGCUUACGUUAUCGACCUAGUGUUGGAUGCGCCGAUGGUCACCACUUUCAAAAGCUUCCAUUAAACAUUGGGCUGUUCAAUGCUCAUACUAUAAGCGGUUGUCACUGUUUCGUGGUACCCCGCAUCGCCAAAGUUUAGCGUAUGUUUGAACAGAGAGGAAGUAGAUUUAUGUAUUAGGAAGAAAGAUUCCGGAGAAAUUUUAGUAUAAGAUGUAGAUUGAAAUGAUUCAAUAUGUGCAAAUUAGUAUGCGUGAUCGAUGCAUGCCUGCGUUCGCGAAUGUAAGUAGAUGAACGGAGAAAGAUAUAUAUGUUUUAGAAUUAAUCAUAUGUUAAACGCGUUCUUAGUCUAUCUGUAGUAUAUAUUAUUAGAAUGAUUAAAGCAAUCUUCUGUUUCCGUA